AUGUCAAGUUCUGACACCAAAAAUUCCACCACCAGAUCCAAUUCAGAUGCACAGUCACGGCUUGAUAACAUCAAUAGCACUCUAGCAGAUGCUGGAAGCACGAGUGGUGAAUUGAGAGCUAAUUUUGCAUCCUCUUCUGAAUCAUCGAAGAGCAAGUCACAUUCUGAGGGCAAGAAACUACAAUCAUCGCCAUUGUUAUCCUCUACACCACCUGUUGUAUCAAAGGCUCUUGUCAGAGCGUACCCAUAUUUAUUAAUAAUCAAUAAAAUCCUAGCAAUUGCUACAUGGACCAACGAAGACUACUGGGUUAAUAUCGUUAUUGUGAGUUUGUAUGCUUUUGCAGUAUUGUACUUUGAAAAUUUGGUGACAUGGUUUGGUCAUUUGAUAAUCGUGGGCGUAAUAACUUUGUUUGCUUUGUUGAAUGAAAAAAUUAUUGAGGAGACUAGAGUGAAUCCCACUUUAGAUGAUGUGGUUCAUGCAUUGACUGCUACAUGUAUCAAAGCAGACAUGUUGAUUUUUCCUAUAACUUCGUUGUCAUUGACGGCUUAUGACAUCAAGAGGCUUUUGUUUACGACCUUGUUCCUUACUCCCGUUUACUUGAUUGUGACUUUCUUGUUGAUCAAACCUCGUAUUAUUUUGUUAUUCACAGGCUUGUUUUUGCUUACAUACCAUUCAUCCUAUUCGGUCGUGAUCAGAAGAAUUAUUUGGAAGAUCAAAGCCGCUAGAGUUAUCUCCUUCUACUUGACUGGAUUAGAUUUGUCACAAUCAAGAAAGAGCUCUUUAUUUGCAGCUGCGUUUGCCAAAGUACAAAAGAAUGAGAAUAUUGAUAACCCCUCUUCUAAGCCAGUUCGAUUCACCUAUGUUAUUUAUGAGAACCAAAGAAGGUGGCUAGGUAUUGGAUGGACAUCGAAUUUGUUAUCGUAUGAAAGAACACCUUGGACUGACGAAUUUUUGAACGAGAGUAGCUCAAUCGACACAUUUAAACUACCAAAUGCUGCAACUGAUGACACAAACUUGUCCAGUGACCCCAAUUUGCAAGGAGCAACUUGGAGAUGGGUAGACAAGACUUGGAGGUUGGAUUUGACUAACGAUGGUGCAAUAACUUUGCCAAGUUCAAAACGAUCAAAGACAACAGCCAAUCCUUCAACCGAUGAAGGAUACAUUUACUACGACAAUGUAUGGAAGAAGCCAUCUACCGAGGAUACAUUUUCCAAAUAUACAAGAAGAAGAAGAUGGAUAAGAACGGCAGAGUUAAUCUACAACAGCAAUAACAAAACAUCAACAGUAGAGGAGCAUUUGGAAAAUAUUGAUGAUUCGGUAAAGUCCACUGGAGCAAACACACAAACUACAAGUCCUUCAAGGACAAAGAAUUUGAGAUUUGCUGAGGAGCCGGAGGUGAAAGAAUCAACUAUAAGUGAAGCUGUAGAAAGCACUGAUAAGAAGAAUAUAUAA